AUGGCGUCUCCGGCCAUUCAGAAAGCGAUCACCGAGGCGGCGCUGCAGUAUACGAAGCCUGAAGGCAAGGUUUUCCAAUAUGGUACCGCCGGCUUCCGUAUGAAGGCUGACCUUCUGAACACGGUCGUCUUCGCCGUGGGCUUGCUUGCUGGACUUCGGUCCAAGAAACUUAGCGGACAAUGGAUUGGUGUCAUGGUGACCGCUAGUCACAACCCCGCCGAGGACAAUGGUGUCAAGUUGGUUGAUCCUAUGGGCGAAAUGCUAGAAGCCGAAUGGGAGGCUUAUGCUACUAAGCUGGCCAACGCCCCUCUGGAUAAGAUUGGUGAGGUGUAUGACGAGCUCGUCAAGGAGAUUGAUGUGAGCAUGGGAAAUCCUGCCCGUGUCGUCUUCGCCCGGGAUACUCGUGCCUCUGGCUCGCGACUUGUGAGCGUCCUCAACUCCGCUCUCACCGCCAGCGAAGUCGAGUUCCUCGAUUUGAAAUUCAUGACCACCCCCCAGCUACACUAUGUCGUUCGUUGCAAGAACACUUUGGGGACCCAAUACGAGUAUGGUGAGCCCACGGAACAAGGCUACUAUGAGAAGCUUGCGGAGGCUUUCAAGAGAGUCAUGAGGGGAGUUAAGAUCAACGGCUCGUUGACCGUGGACUGCGCCAACGGCGUCGGUGGCCCCAAGCUGAGGGAGCUCAUCAAAUAUCUUCCUUCUGCGGAGGAAGGUGGUGUCAACAUUAAGGUUGUCAACGACGAUGUCAUCAACCCUGAUAGCCUUAACUUCGAUUGCGGAGCCGACUAUGUCAAGACUAAGCAGCGCGCCCCGCCCUCUUCUAAGGCGGUUGCCCUCGACCGCUGCGCAUCGCUGGAUGGUGAUGCCGACCGUCUCAUCUACUAUUACGUCGACGAGAGCAACGUGUUCCGCCUUCUUGACGGUGACCGCAUCGCCACGCUUGCUGCUUCUUUCAUCGGCGAUCUUGCCCGCAACGCCGGAAUCGCCCAGAAGCUCAAGAUUGGUGUCAUUCAGACCGCCUAUGCUAACGGAGCCAGCACGGACUACAUCGAGAAGGUUCUCAAGCUUCCCUCCGUUUGCACCAACACCGGUGUCAAGCAUCUCCACCACGCCGCUCUGCGCUUUGACGUCGGCGUCUACUUUGAGGCCAAUGGUCACGGAACCAUUACUUUCUCCGAGAAUGCUUUGAAGACCAUCAAGAGCACGGAGCCUCAGUCUCCGGCUCAGCAGCGUGCCCUCGAGAGCCUGCAGGCCCUUACUGAUCUGAUCAACCAGGCCGUUGGCGACGCUCUUUCUGAUAUGCUUCUUGUCGAGACUAUCCUUGCCCAUAAGAGCUGGAGCCCGAAAGAGUGGCUCGCCACUUACACUGAUCUGCCCUCGCGUCUUGUGCGGGUGGAGGUCGCGGACCGUUCUAUCUUCCAUGCCUACGAUGCGGAGCGCAAGCUUUCAUCCCCUCCUGGACUCCAGGCGAAGAUUGAGUCUUUGCAGUCUCGUUACAACAAGGGCAGAAGCUUUGCUCGUGCAAGUGGCACUGAGGAUGCCGUGCGUGUCUAUGCCGAAGCCGCCAGCCGAUCUGAGGCCGAUGACCUUGCUACCCGCGUGGCCAAUGCCGUUCGCGAAGCGGGCUCGGCCUAA